UGGAAUGAUCAGUUGUGGACAAGGGCGCGGAAGAUAAAGAGCCAAUGCGAAAACGUGCCAAAUUACACGCAAAAUGGCUUGUUUCCAGUCUGAGGAAGCCAAAGAGCAGAAACGCAUCAAUGCGGAGAUUGAAAAGCAGCUAAAACGGGACAAACGCGAUGCUAGAAGAGAGCUGAAGCUUUUGCUCUUAGGUACUGGGGAGUCUGGAAAGUCCACCUUUAUUAAGCAAAUGCGGAUUAUACAUGGAGCGGGAUACUCGGAUGAGGACAAGCGAAGCUUCAUCAAGCUGGUGUUCCAGAACAUCUUUAUGGCGAUGCAAAGCAUGAUCCGAGCGAUGGACAUGCUUAAGAUCCAGUUUGGAGCACCAUCCAUUGAAGAGAAGGCCGAACUAAUCAAGGGCCUUGACUAUGAGACAGUGACCACAUUCGAAGCUCCAUAUUCGGACGCGAUUAGCGACUUGUGGAAUGAUUCUGGAAUACAGGAAUGUUACGACCGGCGACGGGAGUAUCAGCUUACAGACUCUGCUAAAUAUUAUCUUGCUGAUCUGGAGCGAAUUCGAUCAGCAGAUUAUCUGCCCACUGAGCAGGACAUUUUAAGGGCCAGGGCCCCAACCACCGGCAUCUUGGAGUAUCCUUUCGACCUGGAUAGCAUAAUUUUCAGAAUGGUGGACGUUGGAGGGCAAAGAUCUGAGAGGAGGAAAUGGAUUCAUUGCUUCGAAAAUGUGACUUCCAUCAUAUUUUUGGUGGCACUGAGCGAGUACGAUCAAAUCCUUUUUGAGUCCGAAAAUGAGAAUCGCAUGGAGGAGUCCAAGGCUCUAUUUAAAACCAUCAUCACAUACCCGUGGUUCCAAAACUCCUCCAUCAUUCUCUUCUUGAACAAGAAGGAUCUGCUGGAGGAGAAAAUCAUGGUUUCCCACCUAGUGGAUUAUUUCCCGGAUUUCGAUGGUGCUAAACAGGACCAUAUUGCCGCUCGCGAAUACAUCUGCAAGCUGUACUUGCGUGAAAAUCCCGAUCCUGAACGCGCCUGCUACUCGCACUUUACUACAGCCACAGACACUGAAAACAUCAAACUCGUGUUCUGCGCCGUCAAAGACACCAUCAUGCAGUCGGCUUUGAAAGAGUUCAACUUAGCUUAGUUAGUCAUUAAUGUGGACGGUUUUUUGUUAAAUUGCAGCCAGGUUUACUGCUGAAAAUGGUCAGGUUUACUGUGGAGUUAUUGCGGUUUAGAAAUUUAUAAUAUUUAAGACUUAUGAUCAUUUUCGGAAACGGUACGCAACACAAGUGGCGUUUAUUUGUUUUUUUUUGGGCGAUUUGGAUUGGGACUUGUUAACUUUUCAAUUUUUUGGGCGAUUUUCUCGAAAGCUUGUUUCUUAAGAACCACUUGAGCCUCUUAAACGCUAAAAAAGCAGUCUGGAGAAGAAGCCUGAGUUAAACAUGUGAUCCUUCAUAAACAAUUUUUGAAUUUUGAGUUUUUGUGCGUUUUUUCGUUUGUGCAUCAUGCUCUUUAUGAACCACUUGAGGCUCCCGAAUACGAACGUCAUCAGUCGAAAUAAGAAACUUUAGUUCUAAUCGAAUGGUUUUCAUAAUAAAUUUUUUAAAUUUCACCUUUUUUGUGCGCUUUUUCUUGUGUGCAUGCUCUUCUAAAGCUCUUUUCUUAAGAACCACUUGAGGCUCUCGAAUACGAACGUUAGAAGUCGAAAUAAGAAGCUUUACUUAAAGCAUCCUGUAGAUUUAGUUCUAUUCGAUCCACUGGUUAAUUCGUAAUUAAUUUUUGAAGUGUAACCUUUUUGUGUGCUUUUUCGUUUGUGCAUCAUGAUCUAAAGCUCUUUUUUUAAGAACCACUUGGGGUUCUCGAAUACGGACGCCAGCAGUCGAAAGAACAAGCUUUAGUUAAAGCAUCGUGUGGAUUUAGUUCUAAUCGAGUCAUUAAUUUUUGCAAUUGGAUCCUUUCGGGCGCUUUUUUGUUUGUGCAUCAUGCUCUCUAAAACUCUUUUUUUAAGAACCACUUGAGGCUCUCGAAUACGAACGUUAGAAGUCGAAAUAAGAAGCUUUACUUAAAGCAUCGUGAAGAUUUAGUUCUAUUCGAUCCAAUGGUUAAUUUGUAAUUAAUUUUUGAAAUUUAACCUUUUUUGUGUGUUUUCGUUUGGGCAUCAUGAUCUUCUAAAGCUCCUUUUUUAAGAACCACGUGGGGCUCUCGAAUACGAGCGUUAGCAGUCGAAAGAAGAAGCUUUAGUUAAAGUGUGGCGCCGAUUUAGUUCUAUUCGAUCCAAUGGUUAAUUCAUAAUUAAUUUUUGAAAUUUGACCUUUUUUGGGCGCUUUUUCGUGUGUGCAUCAUGCUCUUCUAACGCUCUUUUCUUAAGAACCAUUUGAGGCUACCGAAUACGAACGUCAGCAGUCGAAAGAAGAAGCUUUAGUUAAAGCAUCGUGUAGAUUUAGUUCUAUUCGAUCCAAUGGUUAAUUCGUAAUUAAUUUUUGAAAUUUAACCUUUUUGUGUGCUUUUUUGUUUGUGAAUCAUGAUCUUCUAAAGCUCUUUUUUUUAGAACUACUUGGGGCUCUCGAAUACGGAUGCUAGCAGUCGAAAGAAGAAGCUUCAGUUAAAGCAUGGUGUAAAUUCAGUUCAAUUUAAUCCAAUGGUUAAUUCAAAAUUAAUUUUUGAAAUUUGACCUUUUUUGCGCCCUUUUCUUUUGUAAGUGGAUCAUGCUUCAUUUGAAUCAUCAAAAGGCUUCGUCCAGAUCGAGGUUGUGACGAUUUAUUACAAAAGUGAAUUUACAACAGACUAUUGUCUAUAAUUAUUACAAUUUACCAGAAACUGGGUGUUUUAAAAUUCAAGGGCCUACAGGUUGCUGCACGUUAAAGGUCGCUAACAUUUUUUGCCCAAUAUAUCUAAUCACACGCUUCACUUUAGAGAAAUGUUAUUGAAGUUUCUUCCUUUGAGGCCCGUCCCAUCAAUUCUUUGGUGUGAACCCUAAAUAUAAACCAGGUUUCAGCUCGAUAUCUUACCAAAGUAAUAUUUGGAUUACAUACAAGAGAACUUUUUUAUUUCUAAUUAAAUCCACCUAAAGAAACUGAACAGACAACGAAAGGUCACUUCACGUGCGUCACUAACUUCCCUGCAAUAUAAAUGAGGUGAAAUUGGUUCAAUUAUCGGGUAAAAAUGAAAUCCAACGGGAAAAGUAUAGGGUUCUAUUUAUAUUAGCUGCGUAUUCGAGUAACAGCUAAUCUAACGCUAAACAACCGUUUCCGCUCUACAUGUAUAAUAAAUUUAUGUUCCACACACUGUAUAUACCUCUAUAUCUAGAUCCAUUGAGAGGGGAAUAUAUCGGUAAUAAUCUAGCAAAACGCCUAUAGAUACCACUGAAUUAACAAUAUUAUUUAAAUAUAAAAUCACAUAUA